CGUGUUUCCUGUUGGGGGAGCUGUCAGCUGCACACAAAGGGAUGGUCUCAGGCUCAGCAACAGCAGGUCAUGGAGACCUGUCCACAUGUCACCUUCAGAGGAGCAGCAGGACCUGCGUCGAAUCCGACUCAAGGACCUGAGGCAGGGAUGGGCAGGGAGGUGUGUCCUCAUAAGCUGGGAUCAACCAGUCAGCUUCGACUCCUCCUCUACAUUCUGAUUCCAACAGUGAGCCUGUUGGCAGGUCUGCUGCUGCUCACGCUAAGCCUUAUGGGGAUGUUCAGUCCAAGCCUCCUGGGUUCCAGCCACCUACCGUCGCCCGAGCCCAUGGCUGACAGCAAUCCUGGUUACCAUGUCAAUGGCACAAACCCCCCCUCCUCAGAGUUUGAAAACGAGUCACUCGAAACCCAAAGCUCCAAUGUAAUCACACGUGGCAACACCCACAUUGACAUCACAAUUGCCACAAUGCCUGCUGGAUAUCCACCACCUUCCUCCUCAGCAGUCACACCAACUCUGCAUUUCACAGAGCCUCCUGAUUGGCUGGCAUCUGUGACAUCAUUGAGCACCACCUGGCCGAUCAGCAGCACCGUUCAGCAUGAUAUUGGUAGCUGUCACAUGAUCGUGGAGCCACAAUGUCACAUGUUGCCUUACAACCAAACAUGGCUGUCUUCGUCUGUUGCCGUGGUGAAGAGCUCUGAGACCGACAUGUUGCUCAGGUUCUUCAGCUACCUCAGCAGACUGUCGUGCUACAGACACAUCAUGCUGUUUGGCUGCUCGCUGGCACUGCCAGAGUGUGUGGCCGGCGAUGGCACACAUGCUAGGCGCAUCGUCCUGCCUUGCGCCUCAUUCUGUGAGGCGGCAAGGCAAGGCUGUGAGCCCGUCCUCCAGAUGUUCAGUGCCUCCUGGCCUGACUUCCUGCGCUGCUCACAGUUCAGCAAUCCCCCUCCGACGUCAGCCCAGCCAUCAUGGUCACCCACACCAACAACAAGCCUCGCUCCUGUGGCAUGCUACACCCCGAGACAAAUCAAAGGAAAACCCUCUGUGUGUGGCGGGCAGGACCACUUCUUGUGUGCAACCGGAAUUUGUGUUCUGCAGAAACUGGUGUGUAACGGCUACAACGACUGUGACGACUGGAGCGAUGAAUCGCACUGUGUUUGUUCAGAGUCCGAGUUUCGCUGCAGUACUGGACGCUGUUUGGCGCCCCCUUUGGUGUGUGAUGGUUAUGAUGACUGUGGAGAUCUCAGCGAUGAGCUGAGUUGCGUGUGUGAUCCAGAUCAGGAAUAUCGCUGUGGCAACGGUCGGUGCGUGUCCAAAGACUGGCUGUGUGAUGGUGACCAUGACUGCCAGGACAAGAGUGAUGAGGUUAACUGCUCAUGUAGGAGUCAAGGUCUGCUGGAGUGCACAAACGGUCACUGUAUUCCGUCAGCGUUUCGUUGCGAUGGCGAGAACGACUGUAAAGAUGGAAGCGAUGAAGAGCACUGCAGCGGAGAGCAGAAUCCAGGUGUUUGCGUUCCUGGUCAGCCCGGCUGUGUCUUUACUUCCUGUCCGCCAGUGUGCGGGGCGAGCAGUGUGACUUGUGACCCCCGAAACAACAGCUGCACUCGCUGUGAACCCAUCAGGCUGGAGUUGUGCAUGAACCUGCCCUACAACCUGACCAGCUUCCCAAACUACCUGGGUCACCUGUCCCAGAGGGAGAGCUCAGUGUCCUGGGAGUCCUCACUGUUCCCUGCUCUGGUCCAAACCGGCUGCUACCAGUACCUCAUGUUCUACGCCUGCACACUGCUUGUCCCCAAAUGUGAGCCUGUCACCCACCAGAGGGUCCCGCCCUGCAGGUCUUUGUGUCAGAACUCAAAAGAGAAGUGUGAGUUGGUGCUGGGGAUUGUGGGAUUGCAGUGGCCCGACGACACAGACUGCAGUCAGUUUCCAGAGGAGGGAGGAAAUGUGACCUGCCUGCUGCCAGAGGAUGGCGUGGAUGCAUGCUCGCCAAGUCACUUCAAGUGCCGGUCCGGGCGCUGCGUGCUGGCAACUAAACGCUGUGACGGUCACCUGGACUGCGACGACCACAGCGACGAAGAAAACUGUGGUUGUUCUGAGCGAGAACUGUGGGAGUGUCCUGGCAGCAAAGUCUGCAUACAGACCAGUAUGAUCUGUGACGGAUUCCCAGACUGCCCCAUGUUGGUGGACGAAACCAAUUGCUCUGUGUGCGGAGACAACGAGGUGUCGUGCAACAACCAUCAGUGUGUCCAUCGGACGCUGUGGUGCGACGGGAAGAAGCACUGUUCCGACAGCUCUGAUGAGUGGAACUGUGUGUCUUUGUCCGAUCAAUCGGGUUCUGUGCUAACAGUGUUCAGGACAGCGGCGGAGUAUCAGGUCUGUGCAGAUGAGUGGAACCAGCAACUGAGUGAGCUGACCUGCAGUCAGCUGGGACUAGGGGCUCCAUCCUUUGUUUCCACGGUCCGUGACCAGCCCGGGGUCAUGGGCCGUCGCCGAUGGUUACACGUCCAUCCAGAGUGGAACUUGAGGAACGGCUCUGCAUUGCAAGCCCGACUGGAGAAGAGAAGUCACGCGUGUCAUUCCAGGAGGAGAGUGUCCGUCCUCUGUACCAGACAAGACUGUGGUCUGCGCCCAUCGGUGGGCGGGCACCCCCACAGGAAGAAGAGGAUUCUGGGGGGGCGUGUGUCCCGGCGUGGGGCAUGGCCUUGGCAGUGCUCGCUGCAGAGUGGUCAGAGUGGACAUGUCUGCGGCUGCGUUCUCAUCGGGAAGAGAUGGGUGCUGACAGUCGCCCACUGCUUCGAGGGGAGAGAGAGUGCAGAUCUGUGGAAGGUGGUAUUUGGUCUGAAUAAUCUGGACCACCCAGGGCCGCACAGCCAGAGCCGUGGCGUGAGUACCAUCAUUGUCCAUCCGCGCUACAACCGGGCGGUGGUGGACUUUGACAUUAGCGUGGUCCAGCUGGAGUCAGAGAUUGAAGAGACACCGUUUGCCAGGCCGGUGUGUCUGCCACAGCCCGGCCAUCUUCCAACUCCCGAUUCCUACUGUUACAUCACUGGCUGGGGUCACAUGGGCAACAGGAUGCCGUUUAAACUGCAGGAGGGUGUGGUCCGGAUCAUCUCUCUAUCUCAGUGUCAGUCUUAUUUUGAUAUGAAGACCAUCACGUCCAGGAUGCUCUGCGCUGGUUACGAGGCCGGGACCAUUGAUUCUUGCAUGGGAGACAGCGGUGGACCGUUGAUGUGCGAGGAUGGUGGCGGACGCUGGACGCUGUUUGGCUUGACGUCAUGGGGAAGUGUGUGUUUCAGCAAAGUGCUCGGACCCGGUGUGUACAGCAAUGUGACGCAUUUCACGCCAUGGAUCCAGCAGGAGAUCUACAUUCACACAUACCUAAACAACUGAUGUGCACAUGUCACUUCUGCUUCCUACCAUCAGCAUUACAACAGGAUGUGAUGUCACAGCACGCACAUUUAUAUUCUCUAACGUGCCUAUAUCUGUUCUGAUUGCCUUCAGAGACUCAUCAAGGACAAACGUUCAUUCCAGUCACGCGUCACCGCCAAAUGCUUCUGUUUGUCCAUUUCUCGCCACCUGGGCCCAACAUGUGACCAAAGACACCAAAUGUAUUAGCUACGUGCUAACUGGUCAUCUUGAAUGAGGAGUAAACUUUACAAUGCUAAUGUUAUUUCAUCUGAUCCUGUUUAAAAGAAACAAAAUUCCUGCUGAUAGAAUUUCCCAAAGUAACGUUUGAGCCACGAUGUGACUGAAUCAAAGUAGAAUAGACAGGCAUUUGCUCCAGUCUUUUUAAUGUAAUUAACUUGUGAUCUUACUGGUAU